CAAUACUUCGUAGGCAACCGCGAUGUGACCGUAGAAGCCAAGGAGAAGAAACAAACUGUGUACAUCUACAAAUGCCAAGAUAGUUGCAUCAAAGUCAGUGGCAAAGUCAACUCUAUUGCACUUGAUAGUUGCAAGAAGACCGCCCUCGUGUUUGAUACCGUCAUCUCCACAGUUGAUGUCGUCAACUGCCAAGGGGUUCAAGUACAAGUUAAGGGUGUCAUGCCAACGGUCAAUAUUGACAAAACUGAUGGUUGCCAGGUCUAUUUGAAUGAAGAGUCGAAAGAUGUUGACAUCAUCACUGCGAAGUCUUCCGAAAUGAAUAUUCUCGUACCUGCUCAUGAUGGAGAUUAUACUGAAUAUAAUGUGCCGGAACAAUUCAAGACCAAGUUCGUGGUAGAUCGUCUUGAAACAAAGGUCAAUGAUCUUUCAUAA